CGAAAGGCUGACCAUGCGCUCACAAGAUGCUCGCUUAAAUAAAAAUUUUGGACCGCUGAUUGCUCUAUAAAAAAAACCAAUGCGCGCCUUUACGGCGAAAAAAAAAAAUCCUGGCUAAAUUUGGAUAGGCACAUGGCGUCACUUAUUUGUUCUCGCUCUAUUUGCCGAGUCUACUUCGAACCCCAGAAAGAAAUCCUACAGCAGUGAUCAGUACAUAUAUGCAAGUACCAUGGCCAUACUACCCCUUGCUGGAAAUAUUUCCAAAGAAACCACCACUCUUCUUCACGACAUGGAUCAGGUCAAUCAUCAUACUGCCCACAGCACGUUUGCGCCCGAUCCAACCCAUCAAGACACCAUACCAUUACCACCUCUAUCCAGCACACAUAAUCCAGCGCCUGUAUCGGACGACUUACCUCAGUGCCGGAUAUGCGGCGAAUCGGAGCUGGACGAUGAUGAGGACAGUGACCACUUUAUAGCAAACGAUGAGGAAGCCGUCAUUGGCAUACGCGUUGCAUCCACACGAUGGCAAGACCAUCAACUGCUUCAUUUGCAACAAAAACCUCUAAUCCGGCGGAAAAAUCCUUUAAUUCGACCGUGUAAAUGUAAAGGAAGCAUGUCCUACGUGCAUGUCAAAUGUCUGAAUCGAUGGCGGACAAUGUCUCCGAGAAAGGAAUCGUUUGUCGCUUGCGAUUUGUGUGGAUACCAUUACAACAUAUACCGACCUCGCUAUGCCGCGAUCCUUUCCCAUCCGUAUUUCCUAAACGUUACUACACUAUUCUUCACGCUGGCAUCAGUGAUUGCCAUGGCAUAUCUGUGUAAGGUAAUUGAUGUUUUUGCGUUACACCAUCUGCCACAGCCGGAAAAUGAAGCGUGGUUCAAACUGCAUGGUCCGACCAUGUUGUGGAUGGAUCGAAUCUAUCUGCUGUCGGGUGUCAGCGCCACCGCCCUGUUGGGCGUAUUCUAUCUUGUAUAUGUUCGCGUGAUCUGUGAGAGCGACCCGCAUACGACACAUCCUUUGCUUUGCGGGAGUCAGGAUACUUGCCCGUGGUACAGCCUCUACUUGGCGGAUGUCACUGCAUGUAGUGGCGACGCGGCUAUUGGUGGUCUGUUGGCGUUUUUAGUCGUGUUGAUCUUAAUGAUCAUUGUCUUUGGCAUUCUCGGUGCUAUGACUGGCGUUUAUACCCUAAUGGAAUUCUCUGUGGAACGCCUGGCAGGCAAAGUGAAAGAAAGAAUUCUGGAUGUUAGUUCCUAGCACUAGCUAUAGUGUCUUGUGUAAUAGUUGACGUGUAUCGUGCAGCAAAGAAAGAAAGAAAGAAGUAACUACUAGAUAGGAUGAUCCACAUUCAUGCUGUUAUAUUCCAAAAGCUUGGGCCGCUUUUUUGUCUGCUCCUAUUUUUUUUUUACCAUUGUCGCACGAGAGGCAUUAUUCAGGGUCGGACCCACAGACGGGAGUCGAAAAAAGGGACAAUGUGAGUGCAUUUAUAGAA